GGGGGUAGGGGGGAAAGGGACCUAUUUAAAGCUACCCUGUUGCUCCGGCUGUCUCUGUCUAUCUGCCAGGGUCUCCAGGCGGCUGCCCCAGACAGGCAGUGUGGGCUUGGGAACCUCCUGUGACCUCUCCAGCUUAGGUCCCCUCAGCUGCUCUGCCCCAAGAUGGGUCGUGGGGCCGGUCGCGAGUACUCACCUGCUGCCACCACCACGGAGAAUGGGGGCGGCAAGAAGAAACAGAAAGAGAAGGAGCUGGAUGAGCUGAAGAAGGAGGUGGCUAUGGAUGACCACAAGCUGUCCUUGGAUGAGCUGGGUCGCAAGUACCAAGUGGACCUGUCCAAGGGCCUUACCAACCAGCGGGCUCAGGACAUCCUGGCUCGGGAUGGACCCAACGCCCUCACUCCACCCCCCACAACUCCUGAGUGGGUCAAGUUCUGCCGUCAGCUGUUCGGGGGCUUCUCCAUCCUGCUGUGGAUUGGGGCCAUCUUGUGCUUCCUGGCCUUUGGCAUCCAGGCUGCCAUGGAAGAUGAACCAUCCAACGACAAUCUCUAUCUAGGUGUGGUGCUGGCAGCUGUGGUCAUCGUCACUGGUUGCUUUUCCUACUACCAGGAGGCCAAGAGCUCCAAGAUCAUGGAUUCCUUUAAGAACAUGGUGCCUCAGCAAGCCCUUGUCAUCCGGGAGGGAGAGAAGACACAGAUCAAUGCGGAGGAAGUGGUGGUAGGAGACUUGGUGGAGGUGAAGGGUGGGGACCGUGUCCCUGCUGACCUCCGAAUCAUCUCUUCUCACGGCUGUAAGGUGGAUAAUUCAUCCCUAACGGGCGAAUCAGAGCCCCAGACCCGCUCCCCUGAGUUCACGCAUGAAAACCCCCUAGAGACCCGUAAUAUCUGUUUCUUCUCAACCAACUGUGUGGAAGGCACCGCCAGGGGCAUCGUGAUUGCCACAGGUGACCGAACGGUGAUGGGCCGCAUAGCCACUCUCGCCUCGGGCCUGGAAGUUGGGCGGACGCCCAUAGCCAUGGAGAUUGAACACUUCAUCCAGCUGAUCACAGGGGUGGCUGUGUUCCUGGGGGUUUCCUUCUUUGUGCUGUCCCUCAUCCUGGGCUACAGCUGGCUGGAGGCCGUCAUCUUCCUCAUUGGCAUCAUCGUGGCCAACGUGCCUGAAGGGCUUCUGGCCACUGUCACUGUGUGCCUGACGCUGACAGCCAAACGCAUGGCACGGAAGAACUGUCUGGUGAAGAACCUGGAGGCGGUGGAGACGCUGGGCUCCACAUCCACCAUCUGCUCAGACAAGACAGGCACCCUCACCCAAAACCGCAUGACUGUCGCCCACAUGUGGUUCGACAACCAGAUCCAUGAGGCUGACACCACUGAAGAUCAGUCUGGGGCCACAUUCGACAAACGGUCACCUACAUGGACAGCCCUGUCUCGGAUCGCUGGUCUCUGCAACCGAGCUGUCUUCAAGGCUGGGCAGGAGAAUGUUUCUGUGUCCAAGCGGGACACAGCUGGCGAUGCCUCUGAGUCAGCUCUGCUCAAGUGCAUUGAGCUGUCCUGUGGCUCUGUAAGGAAGAUGAGGGACAGGAACCCCAAGGUGGCAGAGAUUCCUUUCAACUCUACCAACAAGUACCAGCUAUCUAUCCACGAGAGAGAAGACAGUCCCCAGAGUCACGUGCUGGUGAUGAAGGGGGCCCCAGAGCGCAUCCUGGACCGGUGCUCCACCAUUCUGGUGCAGGGCAAGGAGAUUCCUCUGGACAAGGAAAUGCAAGAUGCCUUUCAGAACGCCUACAUGGAGCUGGGAGGCCUGGGGGAGCGUGUGCUGGGGUUCUGUCAUCUGAAUCUCCCUUCCGGAAAGUUUCCCCGUGGCUUCAAAUUUGACACAGAUGAGCUGAAUUUUCCCACAGAGAAGCUCUGUUUUGUGGGGCUGAUGUCUAUGAUUGACCCACCUCGGGCAGCUGUGCCAGAUGCCGUGGGCAAGUGCCGAAGUGCGGGCAUCAAGGUGAUCAUGGUAACCGGAGACCACCCUAUCACCGCUAAGGCCAUCGCCAAAGGUGUGGGCAUCAUAUCAGAGGGCAAUGAGACUGUGGAGGACAUUGCAGCCCGGCUCAACAUUCCUGUGAGCCAAGUCAACCCGAGGGAAGCCAAGGCAUGUGUGGUACAUGGCUCCGACCUGAAGGACAUGACGUCGGAGCAGCUGGACGAGAUCCUCAGGGACCACACGGAGAUUGUGUUUGCCCGGACGUCCCCACAGCAGAAGCUCAUCAUCGUGGAAGGCUGUCAGAGGCAGGGAGCCAUUGUGGCGGUGACUGGGGAUGGGGUGAACGACUCCCCCGCGCUGAAGAAGGCCGACAUCGGCAUUGCCAUGGGCAUCUCCGGCUCUGACGUCUCUAAGCAGGCAGCUGACAUGAUCCUGCUGGACGACAACUUCGCCUCCAUUGUCACGGGCGUGGAGGAGGGCCGCCUGAUCUUUGACAACCUGAAGAAGUCCAUCGCAUACACCCUGACCAGCAACAUCCCCGAGAUCACCCCCUUCCUGCUGUUCAUCAUCGCCAACAUCCCCCUCCCACUGGGCACCGUGACCAUCCUCUGCAUUGACCUGGGCACGGAUAUGGUCCCUGCCAUCUCCCUGGCCUAUGAAGCCGCUGAGAGUGACAUCAUGAAGCGGCAGCCACGAAACUCCCAGACAGACAAGCUUGUGAACGAACGGCUGAUCAGCAUGGCCUACGGACAGAUCGGGAUGAUCCAGGCACUGGGGGGCUUCUUCACCUACUUUGUGAUCCUGGCUGAGAAUGGAUUUCUGCCAUCAAGGCUGCUGGGAAUCCGGCUUGACUGGGACGACCGGACCAUGAACGACCUGGAGGACAGCUACGGACAGGAGUGGACCUACGAGCAGCGGAAGGUGGUGGAGUUCACCUGCCACACGGCCUUCUUUGCCAGCAUCGUGGUGGUGCAGUGGGCUGACCUCAUCAUCUGCAAGACCCGCCGCAACUCAGUCUUCCAGCAGGGCAUGAAGAACAAAAUCCUGAUUUUUGGGCUCCUGGAGGAGACAGCGCUGGCUGCUUUUCUGUCUUACUGCCCCGGCAUGGGGGUGGCCCUCCGCAUGUACCCGCUCAAGGUCACUUGGUGGUUCUGCGCCUUUCCCUACAGUCUCCUCAUCUUCAUCUACGAUGAGGUCCGAAAGCUCAUCCUGCGGAGAUACCCUGGGGGUUGGGUGGAGAAGGAGACAUACUACUGAGCCCUUGGAAGGAGGACCAGGCACGGGAGACGGGGUGUUCUGGAGGUGUUGCUGGGAUGGUGAUGGGGAGGGGUGGAAAAAGAUUUGGGGAGAAAGAAUGAGACAGCUCAGCAGGCUAAGUUGGCAGGGGUAGGCAAGUAGGCCCCCAGAGUUUGCUCGGUAGCCCUAACUGUGAGCACUCACAUUAGACCCACACCCCUUCCCAUCCCACUCCACUGUUGUCUAUUUUCCAGGGAACUGAGGGCUGCCCCAGCCUUCCCCAUGCCCUCUAUGUUCACCUUCACCUCCUACUGAAAACGAUCAACACCCAAAGGCUGGGACCUGUCUAAUCCUGAGAAGUAAAUUCUCCGAUCACCAGGGUCCCUUCACAUCUCUUCUUUUUGCUUACACCCCAUCUUAGCUUCCUGCCUGGCUCUGUCCCCCCUGCUUCCCCUCAGACCUUGAAGUCAUGGAGGCACUUCCUUCAGUGCAACAGUCUGAGACUAGAAUGGGAAGCUGGCUGGAGAGGCCAGGCCUGUCUGCCAAUCAAGGCUGGUCGGGGACUUGGAGAAGAGAGGUGGGUGGGAGGUGGGGGUGCUGGCUGGAAGAGGAUGACAGCAAGGGAGGAGAAGCAGAAAAGGACAGCUGUGGUGCCAGUGACCCCACAGAUGUUGGAAAAGUCUUUAGUCUUCUGGUUAAUAGAACCUGCUCUAGCCCUGUGUUUUACCACAGGUAGAUCAAAUUCACUAAUUCACAUCUUCGCAGAGCAGCAGCAGAGAUAGGAUGGGGAGGUAAUCAGGGGAGUUGCACAGAAACACACUGUGGGCCUCUCAGCACCCCCACAGGCCCUUGGCUAACAGCCCUCUUGGUCCAUGGGGCCAGAUGUCACAGAAGGUACGGCUGUCUCGAACACACCAACAAUGCUAGAUCCUUGGGCACUCCAUGCUGUUUUGAGGCCACAUAUAGCUGCCCGUCCUCUCCCAGGGGCCCCUCCCCCAACCCCUUCCCUUUUAUGCCCAUCACAAUGAAUCUGCAUCAUUCCCGACACUGCCAAGACAGCCUCGGAAAAGGAGCUCCCUGGCCACUGGCUGGAGUUGAGGUGGAGAAGUUCCCAGAACAUUCCUGUCUUCUAGGGAAAUGCAAAAUCAGCUUGGGUCCUGACUUGGUCAGAACCUUUGGAUAACAGAGAAAAUACAUUAAAGACCUGCCUUUGACCUCUCAGGCAGCAGGGCCACUCCAGCCAGGCAAGUGUCCUUCACACCGAUGAGCACAGUGUUGGAGAGGGAGUUAGUUUCAGGUUCCUAUAUAGGUUGGAUACUUUUUUCACUUUCUUCCCUCCCUGCCUGUCACUUUUGCUCUGUAGGCAGCUCUGCCCAUUCUCAGCCUGGCCUGGAAGGCACUGAGAAUGUCCUGCACAGCGAGGCCUCAGUGAGCCAAGCUAGCGAGAGACCCUAAGGAAAAUGGGAAGCCUAAGGCAGAGAGAAGGGAAGCCCAAGAGACACAAUAGAUCAGGCCCAGCAGCAGCAUCCCAGUAGCUAUGAUUUCAUAGAACUGGAAUUUUGCUUCAUCAGAAGUACCUUGAAAUAAGUGAGUCGUUGCCUUGGGUUGAAAAACUAACCGGGAUACCAUAUUUAUUUGGGCCCGAUUAAUUUGCAGUUAUUGACUGUGGAAAAUGUUUAUCUCUACGUGAUUGAUAAAAAUGGCUUUGAUUUAGUAAAUUAAGAACAUUAGCAACAUUGCUAGGGAUGGCAUAUUUAGCCUACCUAAAACAAUACUUUUCAGGCAAUUUAGGAAUAUCCAUUUAGAAGUAGCAAGUGCAUGGGCUAAUUAUCACCAAUCCUGACAUAUUUGUUAAAGGAACAUCUGCAGCAGGAUCAUUCCUGAUGACCUUCUGUAAGACAUUAGUUUGAGGCACUACAUGUGUACUUGAGAAUAAUAAAGUUGCAUUUCUCUAUGAAAAACAA